AUGUCUCUCAAACGAAAGGCCGUCGACGUGGCUACUGAAGCCGCGAAGAAGCCCAAAGCCAACGGCUCCAUCACGUCCUUCUUCGGCCAGCCCAAGACGAACCCGUCCAGCUCAUCGACCAAUCCCUCCCAGCCGAGUUCCUCGCCUACAGCGCCCGAGACAGCUCCCAUCAAAUUCGACAAAGAUGCGUGGCUUGCGAAGCUGAAUGACGAGCAGAAGCAGCUGCUCAAGCUCGAGAUUGAGACGCUUCACGAAAGCUGGCUCGCUGUGUUGAAGGAUGAGGUCACAAGUCCUCAAUUCCUCGAGCUCAAGAAGUUCCUCAAGAAGGAAGUCGAAGGCGGAAAGAAAGUGUUCCCGCCGAGCGAGGAUGUCUACAGCUGGUCGCGACACACGCCUCUCCCCUCCGUCAAAGCCGUCAUCCUCGGCCAAGAUCCCUACCACAACAUCAACCAAGCCCACGGCCUCUGCUUCUCCGUGCGACCACCAACGAAAGCCCCACCCUCGCUCAAGAACAUGUACAUCGCGCUGAAGAAAGACUAUCCUGACUUCAAAGAGCCGCCGAACGGUGGAGGACUCCUCACGCCAUGGGCCGAUCGCGGCGUCCUGUUGCUCAAUACAUGCUUGACGGUGCGUGCUCACGAAGCCAACUCGCACGCCAAGAAGGGCUGGGAGCGUUUCACGCAGAAAGUCAUCGAUACUGUGGCGAUGAAGAGGACGAGAGGUGUUGUGUUCCUGGCCUGGGGCAAGCCGGCGCAGGAUCGUUGUGCGAAGAUCAAUGCCAGCAAGCAUCUCGUGUUGAAGAGCGUGCAUCCUAGUCCGCUGAGUGCUCAUAAGGGAUGGUUCGACUGCGGCCAUUUCAAGCAGGCGAACGAGUGGUUGGAGAAGAGGUAUGGUGAGGAGGGGGUGAUUAAUUGGAAUUUGGAUGUCAAGCCUGAGGAUGCUGGGGUCUGA